CGGCGCUGAGUGUGUGAUUAGGACCGCUCUACUUUCUCAGGAUACUACUCUUAUCUCAGAAAGGAGCCUGAAGGAGGAGGAUAGAAAUCAUAAAUUCUUAAAGAGAAAGCCAUGUCCCAGAAUUUGGUGACAUUUGGGGAUGUGGCUGUAAAUUUCUCUCAAGAGGAAUGGGAAUGGCUCAACCCUGCUCAGAGAAAUUUGUACAGGAAGGUGAUGUUGGAGAACUAUAAGAGCCUAGUAUCACUGGGAGUUUCUGUUUCUAAGCCAGAUGUUAUCUCAUUAUUGGAGCAAGGAAAAGAGCCCUGGAUGGUGAAGAAGGAGGGAGCAAGAGGCAUAAGCCCUGGCUUGAAGUAUGUGUUUAAAAAUGAAUUUUCAUCAAAGCAAGAUAUUUAUGAAGAAUCAUCCAAAGCAAUGACAUUGGGAAGAAGCCAUCUUACUUAUAGCUUUGACUGCCUCAAUAUGAGAGAAGACUGUGAAAAUGAGGACUGGUUUAUGAAUCAGGUGGGAAGUCAAGAAGUUCAUUCUAGUCCUUUAAUCAUCACCCAUAAAGAUAUUAUCCCAGAAGAUCAAAGUAAUAAAUACAAUAAAUCUUGGCAAACAUUUCAUCAAGAUGCAAUAUGUAAUAUACAAGAGAGUUUUCCCACCAAAGAAAAAGUACAUAAGCAUGAUCCACAAAAGAGAAGUUACCGAAAAAAAUCAGUUGAAUCGAAACAUAAGAAAGUCUAUGUGGAAAAAAAACUUUUGAAAUGUAAUGAAUGUGAGAAAGUCUUCAAUCAGAGCUCUUCCCUUACUCUUCAUCAAAGAAUUCAUACUGGAGAGAAACCUUAUGCAUGUAUUGAAUGUGGGAAAACCUUCAGCCAGAGUGCAAACCUAGCUCAACAUAAGAGAAUACACACUGGGGAGAAACCCUAUGAAUGUAAAGAAUGUAGGAAAGCCUUCAGCCAGAAUGCACAUCUUGCUCAACAUCAGAGAGUUCAUACUGGAGAGAAACCUUACCAGUGUAAAGAAUGUAAAAAAGCCUUCAGCCAGAUUGCACACUUAACUCAACACCAGAGAGUUCAUACUGGAGAGAGACCUUUUGAAUGUAUUGAAUGUGGGAAAGCUUUUAGUAAUGGUUCAUUUCUUGCUCAACAUCAGAGAAUUCACACAGGAGAGAAACCUUAUGUGUGUAAUGUAUGUGAGAAAGCCUUUAGCCAUCGUGGAUAUCUAAUUGUACAUCAGAGAAUUCAUACUGGAGAGAGACCCUAUGAAUGUAAGGAAUGUAGGAAAGCUUUCAGCCAGUAUGCACAUCUUGCUCAACAUCAGAGGGUUCAUACUGGAGAAAAACCUUAUGAAUGUAAAGUAUGUAGGAAAGCCUUCAGCCAGAUUGCAUACCUUGAUCAGCAUCAAAGGGUUCAUACUGGAGAAAAACCUUAUGAAUGUAUUGAAUGUGGAAAGGCUUUUAGCAAUAGUUCUUCACUUGCACAACAUCAGAGAAGUCAUACCGGAGAAAAACCCUAUAUGUGUAAGGAAUGUAGGAAAACAUUUAGCCAGAAUGCAGGCCUUGCUCAACACCAGAGAAUUCAUACUGGAGAGAAACCUUAUGAAUGUAAUAUUUGUGGGAAAGCCUUUAGCUAUAGUGGAUCUCUUACUCUACAUCAAAGAAUUCAUACUGGAGAGAGACCAUAUGAAUGUAAAGAUUGCAGGAAAUCAUUCAGGCAGCGAGCACACCUUGCUCAUCAUGAGAGAAUUCAUACUAUGGAGUCAUUCUUGACUCUUACCUCUCCCUCACCCACCACAUCCAAUCAGUUGCCAAGAACUGUAGGUUUUAUCUCCUAA